AUGUUCCUUCGUCCUUCAUCGACUCACUACACCUACCGUCCAACCGCCUCGCCAGCCCGGGACCGUCGCGCUUACAAGGACCUGCCCGCUUCGCUCUACAACGUCGAGCCCGACUUCGACCGUCUCAGCUUCACCCCCAACUUCUCCGACGACGGCAUCGCUUUCCGUGCUCCCACUUACCCCGACAACCUGAGCGCUGAGGAGCGGUAUCGUCGUGCACUUGAAGAGGCCUACGCCGCGAAGCAAGAACUGCGCGUUCAGACUGAGGAAGCUCGUCUCCGCGAGGAGGCAAUUGCACUCCAGUCCGAGGUUGCUAGGCUUCGUGCCGAGCGUGCUCGUGAGGAGGCGCGUCUCAACCAGAUCCGGCUCGAGGAGGCUCGUCUCGCUCAGGCGAUGCGCGAGGAGGCGCGUCUGAUUCAGGCUGCUAAGGAGCGCGAGCGUCGCGCUGCUGAGGCGGCUCGGGAGGAGGCACUCCGCCGCGAGCUGAUUACUCGUCGUCGCGCUGCUCUCGUUCAAAAGGAGCGUGCGCGCGUUGCCGUCCGCCAGCUCUUCGAGGCUCCGGCUGCUCCUGAGGUGGUUCGUUCUCAUGCUCGGCCUCAACCUCAACCGCAAGCUCGCCCCAUCACUCUGGCCGACCUUCUCGAACGCUCGCUUGCACAGCAGGAGACCCCGAAGCCCCGCCCUCAACCGGUCAGGGCACAGCCCACUGUCAAGUCUCCGUCGCCUGCGACUGCGCCCAGGGUGCAACCGAAGGGCGAGGAGUCUCCCGAGCAGGUCAACAUGAAGGAGGUUUACGACUUCAUCUACAACCUUUUCAGCCCGCAGGUUGCUCAGCAGCAACAGCAGCAUUCGACGUCUGCUGCGCCCACUUCGACCGCGAUGCCCAAGCCUUUGGAGAAGGGCAAGGCGAAGGCUGCUCCGGAGCCCGCUUUUACUCGAGCUCCCGCCCACGAUAUAUUGAAGCAGCGUCUUGAGGAGCGCCUCGCUCGCGAGACGGAGCAGGAGAUGGCGGAUACCGCCCGCGCCAUUCUCAACAGUCUGCGCGAUCAGCACGCGGAACCGUCGGCUACGUCUUCUCAGGUCAAAGUCGAGAAUGCUCCCGCUUCUGCCUCGACUUCUUCCGCCGACCUCAAGCGCGUCCCCGAGCUCUCCGGUAACGCCGCUCAGGACGUCAAGGCCCAGUACGCCGCACACCGCCGGUCUACAUCUGCUCCCGCCGCACCUGCCACACCACUCGAGCGCAUCCAGUCCAUCAGGGCUUCCCUGAUCUCGCUUCGCACGACAUUCCAUUUCCCCGCUACGCCCGACUACAACAAUACGACGGGCACCCUCUCUUACUCUUCCGCCAACACUCCACUUCGUGCGUACGAGCAUGCUUUGAACGAUCUUCUGGAGCAGCUGGAUGGGAUCGAGAGCGAGGGAGACGAGGCCGUACGUGGACGCAGGCGCGAGGUUGUGAAGGAGGUCGAGCGCGCGCUUGAGGAGUUCGACGAGCAAGUUCGUGCGGCCUCGCCUGUCCGCGGUUCGCCUGCUCCGCAGCCGCAAGAGCUUGAGCCUGAGAAAGAGGGGGAAGUAAAGGCAGAGGGGGAGGUGAAGGCGGUUGACGUUGACGUUGAGGAGAAGAUGGAGACACAGAAGGACGAAGAGGUGAAGGAAGAGUCGACGACUGUGCUGGAGAAUGUCGAAGCGGAGGCGCAGGAGGCGCCCAUCAUUGCCGUCGAGACGCCCGCUGAGACGCCUUCCCCGGCCGCGGAAGCCGUCAACCCAUCGGUUCCCGAAUCCUCCCGUAACACUGUCGACUCCGCGCAUCCUCUCACCGACGCCGAGGCUUCUACCGAGACCUCAUUCGACACAGUCCCGACUUCGGCAGUCGAUGACGCCUCCCUACCCACGGAGGAGCCGGCUUCAAUCGAGACGGCGGCGCCUACACCGGUUGUUCUACCGGAGGAACCUUCUACUGUCGAGGAGCAGCCUGUUGCCGUAGAGGAGUCCAACUUCACCGAGCAGCCCGAGUCCAACGAACCCUCCGGCGCCGCCGCCGAAGAGCAACCAACGGUAGAAGCGCCCACUACCCAGCCCAUUAGUUCUGAGGCCGCCAUCAAGGACGAUGUGACUGCGCCUGCGCUCGAUACCGUGGCAACCAUUCCCGACGAGCCCGCGCCUUCCGCUGAACUCGCACCCGCACCAACCAGUCCACAACCAGGGCAGCCGUCCUCAGAAUCGUUCUUGACCUCCCUCUCGCAUGACCAUUUCGCCGUCCCGCCAACACCCCGGCACGAGGAUGUCGACCCAGAUGAGCUCGAGGAUUCGGUGCUCAUUGAGAAGGAGGACGAUCGCGACUCGGAGCACAGUUGGUCUGAGGUCGAGUCGGAGUCUCCAUAG